AGAGACAUCAUCAUUACAACUCAAGAUGCACUCCGAUCAGCAAAUAGAGAGAGACAGAUCCAACAAAAAGAAAACUCAACUUUGAUUUUCAUCAUUUAAACCAAAAAAAAAAAAGAUGAUGAAGAAGAAGAUGGCUUCCUCUUUUCUCAAUAAACUUCUCAUCAUCAUCCUCUUCACCUCUCUCUCCUCUCUUUCUUCUCACUCUUCUUCUUUACCAUCUACUCCAACCAUUUCUCCCUUCCAAGAGCUUUCUCCGGAGAUUGCCCCUCUCCUCCCUUCCCCCGGAGACGCUUUACCUUCCGGGGCCGGCGCCGAUACAAUCCCUUCUUCUCCAAGCCCUCCUGAUCCAGACACUAGCUACGGCUCCUCAUACCCUGACCCGGCCUUUGCUCCCUUCGCUUCUCCGCCGGUUUCUUCUCCUGCUCCACCGUCUUAUCCUCCCACCGGAGUUGUACUUCUCUUUCUAGUCGUCUCAUCCGCAUCGCUCCGGCUACGUGACGUUAUACCACUACUAUAGUUCCACUUCGGUUAUACAUUAAACGAACGUUUUGGUUUUCAUGUGUUUGUCCAAAUGUAUAUCAUUCUCAAAUAAACGAAAAAUAUAUAUAACAUUUUCCUUC